AUGAUGCUGACCUGGGGCAUCAUCUUCUUUGCCUCGAUUUACAGAACUCGAGCAAAUGCAGAUGCAGAUGACUGUGCAAUCAAGUGUAAGUUAAUUUUGAUUGGUUCCUUUUGAUUUUAGGUAAUUAAUUUGAGAUGUAAACACUUCAACGUUAUCAGUAAUUUCUAAGAGUUCUGAAAUGGUCUUGGAAAGCUGAAAAAUAUUUGCUGAGUGUACUGUUCUUGUGUUUUUGGAAUUUUUUUCGAUUCAUGUAUCUACUACAAUAUAAUUCUAUGCUGAAAACGUAUUGAAACGGUAGAUUUGGUAGUUGAUAGGCUCACAAUCAGUUAGAAGUCAGUUAGGUUUAUUUUUGUAAUCCGACCUUUUCAGUAACAAUCGGUCAAUCCAGGGAAGUUGCAUCCAAUGGAAGGACUCAAACCAAGGUAUACAAAUUCGUCGUCGAUCAUCCCAGUUACCUCUUCCCUUUUGCUGAUGCUAAACUCAAACUCGACAAAGUGCCCUCAGACCUUCAUGUAAAUUUAUGGCCAAAUUGUGAGGCUUAUGAACACGAUGAAGCUGAAUUCAGUAUAACAAAUAUUUUGGAUUGGAUGCUGAGAACGAGAAAGGGUGAUACCAUCCCUGCAAUGAACGGAAUAGUGGGGGUUUCCACUUCUAGAAGCUACACAAUCUCCGUGGAUUAUGAUCGUGAGUUGUUGUGUGUGUGAAAAUUGGGGAUUUUAGAUGUUAUUUUAGCUGAAGUAUUAUAUCUGAUGGCUAAAAUAAUAUAAAAAAUUUUUGCGAAAAUCUUGAAAUAUGAGGAUAAUUAUGUGUUUUGUAUUUUAGCUGUGAAUAUUUAUCGAUUUGCCGCCUACAUCGUCGCCUGCACCUUGUUUUUGCUCUCCAAGGAGAUCUGUCAUCGAACCGUUUCCGUCUACACCAGCUCGGCUUUUAUUGGAGUGUUCGCAUCAAUAAUACUCCUAGCCCUCUUUUUACGCCGUUUUUUGCCCAGAUCCAUACUUUUCGUCCCUUUGGAAUGGAUGUUAUGGCCAGCGAUUUCGUAUGCCUACUACUUUGGCUAUUACAACUUAUAUGAGUUGGCUUACACUCAUUGGAAAUUCCUCGGGAUCUACACGGUUGUAGCUGCAGUGGCAUCUGUGAUCGUCUGUUAUGUCUCCGGAGUCAGCAACAAUGUCAGACUGAAGAAUGUUUUCCAAUGGACUCUCCAGGCAAUUGCUGUGGGAAUGGUGCUAAUGGCCUCGCAAUCCGCGGUGUUCUCGGUGGGAACAAUACUUGUUUUGGUCACUACUUUUAAUGGUACGGUUGAUAAUAAAGUUUUAUAGCUAAGUUUUUUUGAUUUUGAAGAUUUUCGGAUAUUGCUUUAGGUUUGAGAGGGGAAAUUGGAAGUUUUAGCGGGUUAAUGGUAUCAUAAUUUGAUUUUUUUGAUAUAUACGUUUGAUUGGGACUUAUACAGACUAUUGGCUAUAUAAAUACAAUUUUAAAUUGUCUUUGAAAUGGCCUUUAUAGAUUUUUUUGGUAAAAUUUAUCCAUUAUAACUUACAAAUUUUAAAUUUUUGCAAUGAAUGACUUUUUAUUUUAUUUUUCAGGUCUCCAUCGGUUCUUUGGAAAGCCAAGUCGACUAAUGCGUUACAUCUGGAAGCCCAAACCAGUCCACAAAAUGCUCACCGAAGAGGAAUAUCGAGAACAAGCGGAAGAAACGACCCGCGCAGAAUUGGAAAAACUUCGACAAUAUCUGGCCGAUAAUUGUAGACAGCUUAACUCGAGGACCACACCGCUCAGGAAAUGUAGAAAUACGGAUGCGUGAGUUGUUUUUGCAUACUUUUUGGAUCAAUUUUAUAUUAUAGUAGGUCUAGUAUAAUAUUUUUGAUUUAUUUGUAGAAUUGGAAGUUUCCUGGUCACGGGAAGUGAUGUUUCUUUGGCCUCGUUGCAUGAGCAUAGUAGACUGUAUGAGAAUGAGGAUUAUAGCGAUGAUAUCACUGAUGACAGCGAUGAUGAAGAAGAUCUACCAGCACCCGGACAAAAAGAUAGCACCAAGUUCUCGGCUGACUUCACUGAUGAUUCUGAUGCUUCGAAUAGUAUUGGAUGGAGAAGAGAGCACCUUAACAUAUCGAAAGGGAGCCCUAAAAGGUUUAGAUAA